AUGUCAUCGAAAACUGUUCCGGAAAUUCCAUCUAAAAAUAUCGGUAUUGAAAGUAUUUAUGGAACUAUAAAUUAUCGAAAAAAGGUAGUGGAUGGUAAAGCAACAAAAUUUGCAACAUUAACAAAGACACGAAAACCGGCAAAACUUGAACGUCUUACAAGCAGUCGUAAACAAGAAUGGCUAGAAUCCGGAACAGAACAUGGUUUUAUCCGACUUUAUGCGCCUACUGGAUCACGAUCUUUGAUUUAUCCAGUUACGCUUCAAACAACUGUCCAGGAUAUUUGUUCCAUUUUGGGUUUUGAAAGCUUGUAUCUUCAGAUUGGUGGAUCUAAAAUCAGGCGAGCGUAA